GGCAAACUGAAACUCGAUGAACUAAAAAAUUAGCAUGAUCCCAGGCCCAAUAAUACGCGUUCCAGGAGAAGAAAGAAAGAAAGAAAAUAAAAUCAUAUGAGCAAGCAGCAGACUCAGUAAUCACUCACUCGCACUCAGUCACUCACCACCUUUUGUCUAAUCCGCCCUUCAUCCUACUCUAAACGGAUGGCCGGUGGUAACCACCUUAAGUCCUCUUCCAAUAAAGGCCCGUCUGCCUCCACCUCCACCGCUUCAUCGCACCGUAAAUCCCGCUGGGAAUCACCCAAACCCCCACUUUCAGACCCAAAAUCCAACCCCUCUCCCAAACCAUCUACCCCCGCUCUCGCCCCAUUCACUCCGCCUGGACCUCGCUUAACUUUCUCCGACCCACCACCACCUCCCGCCUACGAUUUCCACAUGCUCGACCGCCGUACAAUUAUCCUCGCCGACGGCAGCGUACGCUCCUAUUUUGCCCUUCCGCCUGAUUACGACUUCACUCCCCGCCCCGUGGAUUCCUCACACCGCUUCUUACGGAACGAUAUAGGUAAUCGGUUUCCGCCGCAAUUGAGUCCCGAAGCAGGAGGGCUUCGUGACAAUCGGGAGUUUUGGAACAAACCGAUUGGUGGGCCCGAUGGGGUGGGAGCCAUGAAGAGGAAGUACGGCGAUGAUAUGCAACGUGUGAACCCCGGCGGCGAAGGUUUUGCGGGAACGAGUGGGCCGAUUGAAGAGAAAUCUAGGCCUUCCAAGUAUACGAGGAGUGGUCUUGGUGGUGGUCAGACUGUAGUGAAGCAUAAUUAUUUUGAGGUUGAUGAGAGUGCGUUAAAGAAGGCGUUUUUACAUUUUACGAAGGCUAUUAACGAGAAUGUGGCGCAGAGGAAGAAUUAUUUGGAGAACGGGAAGCAAGGACGGCUUCAGUGUAUUGCGUGCCGCAGGUCUUCAAAAGACUUCCCAGAUAUGCAUGGCCUGAUAAUGCACACGUACAACUCAGAUUAUGCUGACUUGCGUGUGGAUCAUCUGGGCUUACAUAAAGCUCUUUGUGUAUUAAUGGGAUGGAACCACUCAAAGCCUCCUGAUAACUCUAAAGCCUAUCAGUUUUUACCUCUUGAUGAAGCAGCAGCAAAUCAGGAUGAUAUGAUUAUAUGGCCACCCACAGUGAUAAUUCAUAAUACAAUAACAGGGAAGGGUAAAGAUGGGCGCAUGGAAGGAUUGGGAAACAAAGCAAUGGAUAAAACAAUAAGAGAUCUCGGCUUUGGAAGUGGCAAGUCCAAAUCAUUGUAUGGAAGGGAGGGUCAUCUGGGCAUCACUCUUGUAAAGUUUGCUGGUGACCAAUUAGGGCUAAGGGAUGCCUUGCAUUUGGCAGAGUAUUUUGAGAAGGGCAAUCGGGGACGUAAGGUCUGGGCUCAUGUGCAGCUGUUGAUGUUGGGCAAAGAUGAUGAAAAGAAUCCAAGUCUUUUGAAGGUGGAUCCAUGGACUGGAGAUAAAAAGAGGAUCUUGUAUGGCUAUCUAGGAACUGCUAAUGAUCUGGACAAGGUUGAUGUAGAAACAAGGAAGAAGGUUGUGAUUGAGAGCCGGAGGGAACUCAAACUAUCCAAGUAACUUAUGUGUACAUUUCAAGUGUGGAAGGUCACCGGAGCUUAACAUUGUUUGAUUGUUAAUAGUCUUUUGAGGUUAAGAUGCAGCACCAUCAACUAUUUAUAAUGUUACACCGUUUGUUGUGCAAUAUUUGAUUGACAAUAGGCAUCAUUUGCUAAAUCUUAAUAUAGGCGCUCUGAACUGCUGGUUCUUUUUUCCUUUGCAUAAAA